UACAGUAAUUCGGAAUGAGCAUUUUCGUCCAAAAGCUGAUAUUGAAGACUGGAUCAUUAAGUAUAGUGCUCAUGAUUUCCAUGUUAACUAUAGGAUGACCCAAGACACUUUUUAUAAUUUACUUAAUUUCCUACAACAAGUUUCACCAGAAUUUUGUCAAGAAAAUGUUGUGGGUGGAAAUACACCUAUUUCAAUUAAAAAAAAAAUGCUUAUUGCUCUGUGGUACUUUGGAAAGGAAGGGUCAAUGCAGGCAAUAACAUUUAUCCAUUGGCCAAGUAGACAAGAAUGUCUGGUGAUUGAAGAAAGAUUUAAGUUAAAAGGAGGUAUUUCAGGUGUCAUUGGGGCUAUCGAUGGUACACAUAUAAAUGUUAAAGCUCCAUUGAAACAAGCUGAUAGUUAUACUAAUCGUAAGCUUGGUAAAAGUAUGAUUGUACAAGCAGUAUGCACAGAGGGAAAAAUAUUCACCAAUAUUUCAGUAGGAUUUCCUGGCCGCAUUCAUGAUGCAAGAGUAUUGGUUAAUUCAGAAUUAUAUAAACAAGUAACCGAAAAUGGGCCAAGUUCUCUAUUUUACGAUAAAUAUCAUCUGUUAGGAGACACAGCAUAUCCUAACCGAGAAUGGUUAAUCACUCCAUUUAAAAAUUAUGGAAAUAUAACACGUCGAAAAACCAAAUUCAACUACCUCCAUGCAAAAACUAGAGUUGCCAUUGAAUGUGCAUUUGGCUUAUUAAAAGGACGCUGGAGAAGAUUAUUAUAUUUGAAUAAAACAAAGAUUGAAAAUGCUCCAAAAGUCAUCCUAACUUGUUGCUUUUUACAUAACUUUUGUUUGGUGAACAACGAUACAAUGAGUGCAGUUUUAACAGACUAUCAAAAAAUGCAAACACCGCAAGUAGUUAUUAGAGAAGACUAUAUUGAAAGACAGCAGGGGAAUAUUAAAAGAGACAAAUUGUUAAAUUUACUGGUACUUCCAAAUAACUAG